AUGAGCGAAGAAGAGUUCCAAACUUACUUCCCCCAUGUUGACAACGUCUAUUCCCACCGUUCCACCCAGAAAUACAAACGCAAGCUCUUCGUCUCGCACUACUGGGACUGUCGCCUCAAGGGCCGCCCCCCAGGAACCCCAAAGUCCCGUGAUCCAAGCAAGAAGAAGCGCAAACGCACAGCCCGCGAGCGCGAUUUAUGCGACGUCAAAAUCAAGAUUACAGAGUAUUUCCCCGGAGCCCUGGCUGUGCCUCCGAACCUGCUGGGUCUGGAUGCCAUGUCCUCCUUGGAGCAAAAUAUGCAAAAUGCUGCCGCUGCCGUUGCUACUGGUACCGAUUUCCUCGACCCCGUUGUUGCUGGCCAGAAUGAACUGGCGCGUGUUGCCAAUAGUAAUAAUCCACAGCCACAAGCAGAGCCUCACUAUCAGUUUGGCGUCCUGACGUUGCGGAAGACGCUACCUCAGGGCCACCCUGGCUAUACGGAGGGUUAA